CAAGCAGCUGCAAUCAGACUUCCGGAUAUUUGACGGCCAGCCUUAAAUGCUUAAAUAUAUAUUUCGGUAUCCCUUACGAUUUAUGAUGAAAGUGUAGCCCGUGAUCAUAAUGUUCUAAUGUACUGCAACAGGGCAAACGUUAAACUGCCUGUCGAUGUACGGGUUACUUUUUCAGAGGUUUUAAAAAGUGCAAGCUAUGUUAUGGAAUUUCCCUGGAAAGUAAAACCUCAGAGAGUCUACUGUUAUGUUGCCCUCAGCAUCAUUCAAACCCCAUUUUGUGACGACUCUGGUGCUGGUCUCAGGAUACUGGGGCCAUGAUGGCUGCAGCCACUUCAACUCUACCCUUCACUGAAAGGUCCAACCCACUCACUCAGAACAUUGACGUGGCCGACUGCAAAGGUAUUGUGGAUAUACUCCACAGCUGUGAUGAAGAGAUGUUAGCAGGAUCAUUUCAGUUCCCGGGUCUGCAGGAUGACUCUACAGUGAGAACUAUCUUGGGUGCUGUAGAUCACAUUGCUGCCAUCAUGCAGGAGCCAGAGGACCAUUUGGUUGUGAUGUCAGGGUGUGGGACAUCGGGACGGAUGGCAUUCCUUGCUGCAACAACAUGCAACAGGUUGCUGAUACAGAGUGGGAGAAAAGCUUGCUGUGUAUACCUCAUCGCUGGUGGAGACAGAGCUCUGCUGACAUCUCAGGAGGCACCAGAAGAUGACCCCUUGCUGGGAGCCAGUGAACUGCAGCAGGCUGUCACUGGGAAGAAGAAAGUAUUUUAUAUCGGGAUCACCUGUGGACUUUCGGCUCCGUAUGUGGCAGGACAGCUGGACUACUGCCUGCAGCACCUGGAAACAUUCACUCCUCUGCUCAUGGGCUUUAACCCAGUACAGCUGGCCAGGGAUCAUGGCAUAGAGAAAUGGGACAAGACUGUUAAGGAUGUUGUGGUGGAGAUGGAGCAAGCAACAAAAGACAACAAGGCCUUCAUUCUCAACCCAGUUGUUGGGCCUGAACCAAUCACUGGUUCCACUCGCAUGAAGGGCGGCAGUGCUACAAAGAUCCUUCUGGAUACCAUACUGCUACUGGCAGCCCAAAAGACUGUAGACCAAUGUGCCAUCAAUGAACAUACUGUCAGGACAUUCCUGGGAGCUUACAGCCAGUGUGUAGAGAGUGUGUACUCUAAAGCAGAUGACAUAUCCUGUCUUGUCAGUAAUGCAGGUAAAAGCUUGCAAGCAAGUGGGCACAUUUACUACUUUGGUCUUGGGACAGCAGGCAUUAUGGGAUGUAUCGAUGCAUCAGAGUGUGUCCCGACAUACGGAUCAGAUCCCACAGAUGUGCGAGGAUUUGUACGUGGUGGCUAUGACACACUCAACAAUGCAGCUGGUUGCCUGGACAACCUGGGUCCACUGUACAGGCUCUCAUGGAAGAACUUCUGUGACGACAUCCUGGGCCGCUUUAAUUCAUCUGAUUCUGCCAUCUUUCUUCUGUCCUCCCCUGACGAGCUUGGAGACUGCACUGAGCUGGCAGAGCAGCUGAAAAAGACUGGUGUUCAUGUCAUGGCAGUUUUGUAUAAUUUUCAACCAACGGAUGCCAAGGUGAUGGUGUCCUUCAGCACAGUCUUUCCUCAGUCAGUCCUUCUCCAGAUGCCACCAGUCCCAGCUACAGGAGGGUCCACAGCUUUACGGGCAGCUGCCUGCAGGCGACUGGGUGAGUUUGCCCUGAAGCUGGUCUGUAACUCUGUCUCCACUGGAGCUCACAUCAUGGUGGGAAAAGUCUUCCAGAACUUCAUGGUCGAUGUUCAAAUCAGGAACAACAAACUGUUCUACCGUGCCAUCAGAAUUGUCCAGCAUUUAAGUGACUGCAGCCAGGACACUGCUACCAGGGCCGUCCUGUCAGCAUUGUAUGAUACAGAUGACGUCACAUCACUGGCAGACAUCAACGUGUCUCAGCAUGUGGAAAGAGGAACGAAACAGGGAAAGGUUGUCCCUGUUGCCCUCCUGUGUGCAGCUCUACAGCUGAGUCCCAGGCAGGCCCGUCAGCAGCUGAUGGUCACACCAGUCAUCCGACAUGCCAUCUUAGCCGGCAUCAACAAAUAACUGCACACCAGUCAUCCGACAUGCCAUCUUAGCCGGCAUCAACAAAUAACUGCACACCAGUCAUCCGACAUGCCAUCUUAGCCGGCAUCAACAAAUAACUACAGACUUCUUCUUAAACCAUGAUGUAGAUUCAAUAUUUCCAGUAGAAGGGUGUUCUGGCAUGUUUGGACAUCGCCCUUUUUUGUGGUAUCCAAUAUAAUUUUGCCAGACAGCUUUGCCACAUUUUUAGCACAAAAUGUUGGAGAAAUGUGAAAUUUUGAAUUAGGACAAUGUGUAUAGUGACUAUUUCCAUGAAUCUUUUUCAUUGAAAUUUGCUCCUCAAAAUAGAUUUUAGAGGAUAAAUCAAAACUCCCUGAAAAGCAUGCCCCCUGAUAACUGUAGAUUUAUCAUUGCCGCUUGCUACUUUUCUCCCCUUUCUAUGAUAAAUGCCUCGUACAGACAAGUCUAGCAAGAAGAUCUUCAGUACAAUUGUUUGCUUCUUCUUUUUCACAUUCCAGUACUUAAUGCUAGGAAGUAUUUCAACCAAAGAUCCAGUAAUUGUUCUACCUAUUUAAUAUGAUAAAAUUAUAUUUACCAAGUCAUAAUACAAUGUAGCUACAUUAUUUCAUAGAUUAAUAUUUAUGUAGUUAUCAGCAGGAGGUUAACCCCUCCCAAAACAUGUGGAAAUGUAACUUACAACAGUAUUUAAUGUUUGAUGUAAUUGUUGCUUUGAAUCUGUAAUGAUACUAAUGUCUUUACAUUUUUUAUAACAUUUGUACCUCAAAAAUUAAGGUUUUAGAACUACCUCUACUUGAUUUUAUAAAUUUGACCAGUGCACCAGCUUGAAGGAGAAUAUCAGGAAUGUUCAUAUCUGACAACUUAGUAGUAACAAAAGAAUACCAGUCAUUGGUGUAUGGCAACUAACUACUAGUAUCUUACUCAUCCACUGAGUUAUGAUGGCAUAAACUUAAAAUCAAUUUUUAAAGUGUUUGACAACACCUGUAAUAAAAGAACAAGCAGUGUCUUUAUGUCUCAUCAAGAGUGUAGAAAAUGGUAUUCAGUUUUGUACAUUAGUACAAUGGUAUCUUAUUCAUUAAUUUCCAGAAUUUACCUAUCACAAUAUUCACAAUAUUCAUUACUGCAAGUCUGAAAAAAUGAGUGAAGAAAAGCUUGGUCCAGUCUUUUUAUAUGAAAUUUUUACCAUGUCUGCAAACUAUAUUUCACAAGGCACUUUUGAAAAUAUUUUUCCUCAUUAAAGUUGCUAUA